AUGGCCGCUGGCAUGGAUCCCCGUCUCCCAGAGGACCUGAAGCACGCAAUCUUCGAGCACGUCGCGAUAACGGAGCCCGAGAUGAUGCCAGCGCUGAUGCUGGUUGCCCGGAGAGUGCAUACCUGGAUCACACCGCUGGUCUUCCGGACCGUGCGCCUGAACAACUGGCCGCACGCGCUCGCCUUCCUCCACGCCGUGCUGCACCGACCGGCCGCGGUCCUGCCGCACGUGCGCCACCUCGCGCUGGAGGGCCGCAGCGCCGGGCCGCUCCUCCCGGCGGACGUCCUGGAGCGCAUCGUCGCGCGCUGCCCCAACCUGCACGCGCUCGGCACGACGCCGCACUACGACAAGCACGCCGCGCUCCUCCCCGCGCUCGCCGCCGGGCCGGGCCGGCUCCGGAACGUCACCACCGUCCUCCGCCACGCGCUGGGAACCGGCGGUGCGGACAGCCUCCUCCCGGCCUUCGCACACGUGACGCACCUGUGUCUGCUCGACGAGAUCACCGAGCAGCCCGCGCGCGCCGCCGUGUGCGCCGCGCUCCCGGGGCUGGCGGCGCUGACGCACGUGCGCCUGACGGCGAUCCAGUACGCGCGCCGGCCGGGCGUUGCGGCGGACCUGCUGCGCGAUCUGGGCGCGGUGCUGCGGCGCGUGCCGGCGCUGCGCGUGCUGCUCGUCACGGGCGUGACCUUUGGGCCUGCGGCGCUGCAGCUGGGGGCCGCCGACGGGGACGCGGACAUCCGGCUCGUGUUCGCCGCGGUGUCCCACGACUACGCGCGCUUCUGGCGCGCGUGGGAGGACACGCUGCGUGGCCGGGUGCCGGAUCUGUGGGCCCGUGCGGAGGAGUUCGUCCAGGCGAAGCGCGAGGGGCGGAUAAAUGCUGCAGAGAUGUGGUUGGCACCAGAGUGA